CCUGGUUCCGAGGUGUACUGCCUUUCCACACUCUCCUUGUACCCACUGGGCUGCUGCUGAGGCGAGAGGCAAACUCUGGGCUAGGGGACUGAGCUGUUGGAGGAGGGACCACAAAAGCGACCUGAUGGGUUCUAGGAAAGCCUUUCUCUUUCCUUCUCUCCUGUGGAGUCAAACUAGAGGAGUGAGGUUGAUGUUCUUGCUACUAACCCUGCAUUUGGGAAACUGUGUUGAUAAGGCAGAUGAUGAAGAUGAUGAAGAUUUAACUAUGAACAAAACGUGGGUCUUGGCACCAAAAAUUCACGAAGGAGAUAUCACACAAAUUCUUAACUCAUUACUUCAAGGUUAUGAUAACAAACUUCGUCCAGAUAUAGGAGUGAGGCCCACAGUAAUUGAAACUGACGUUUAUGUGAACAGCAUUGGACCAGUUGAUCCUAUAAACAUGGAGUACACAAUAGAUAUAAUUUUUGCCCAAACCUGGUUUGACAGCCGUUUAAAGUUCAAUAGCACGAUGAAAGUACUUAUGCUUAACAGCAACAUGGUGGGGAAAAUUUGGAUUCCCGACACUUUCUUCCGGAACUCAAGAAAAUCUGAUGCACACUGGAUAACGACGCCGAAUCGCCUGCUGCGGAUUUGGAGUGACGGGAGGGUUCUGUACACUCUGAGAUUAACAAUCAAUGCAGAAUGUUACCUUCAACUUCAUAACUUUCCUAUGGAUGAACAUUCCUGUCCCCUGGAAUUUUCAAGCUAUGGAUACCCCAAAAAUGAAAUUGAAUACAAGUGGAAAAAGCCUUCUGUGGAGGUCGCUGACCCUAAGUACUGGAGAUUAUAUCAGUUUGCAUUUGUAGGGUUACGAAAUUCAACUGAAAUCUCUCACACCAUCUCUGGAGAUUAUAUCAUCAUGACUAUUUUUUUUGACCUGAGCAGAAGGAUGGGCUAUUUCACAAUCCAGACAUACAUUCCGUGCAUUCUAACAGUUGUUCUUUCUUGGGUGUCUUUCUGGAUCAAUAAAGAUGCAGUGCCUGCCAGAACAUCCCUUGGAAUCACUACGGUUUUGACCAUGACAACCCUCAGUACAAUUGCCAGAAAAUCUUUACCUAAGGUUUCAUAUGUGACAGCAAUGGAUCUCUUUGUCUCUGUUUGUUUCAUUUUUGUGUUUGCCGCACUGAUGGAAUAUGGAACCUUGCAUUAUUUUACUAGCAACAAUAAAGGAAAAACCAAAAGAGACAGGAAGAAUAAAAACAAGACUUCGGUAUCCCCAGGUCUUCAUGCCGGAUCCACUCUGAUUCCCAUGAACAGCAUUUCUCUGCCUCAAGGGGAAGAUGAUUAUGGUUACCAGUGUUUGGAGGGCAAAGACUGUGCUAGCUUUUUCUGCUGCUUUGAAGACUGUAGAACUGGGUCCUGGAGAGAAGGCCGUUUACACAUACGCAUCGCCAAAAUUGAUUCCUACUCCAGAAUCUUUUUCCCAACAGCUUUUGCCUUGUUCAAUCUGGUUUAUUGGGUUGGAUAUCUUUACUUAUAAAUUCAAAAAAUAGUUAAAGAUCAUGAAGUCUGUCUUAGUCCAAUAUAAUCAUUUGUAUUUCAGUAACAUGAUGCUUAAAUUUAAAAUGAAAGCCCACUGGUUAAAAUCUGAAUGCUACAGUUAAAAGUAAGAUUAGGGCUUUCAUAAAUGAGUAAGACAGAAGUGUUAAAGUUAAUUUAUCUAAAUGGACAUGAAAUUGAUUGUCAAAUAUAGCACACUGAAAUCAUAACAUGUUUGUAUUUUAAUUUUCUUUAUUUUGCUUGUGUACUAUUAAUAUUGGAACUUAAUACUUAUGUAAUACAUAUUUUGAAUAUGACAUAAUUUUAAUAUACAUUUUAUUUAAAUGUAUCUAUUGCUUAUAAUGAAAGACUAAUGCCUAAUAUUAAAGUAUUCUUUGCCUACAUUAG